GAUAGAACAAGGUGUGCUAUUUUUAUAUUUUGUUUUAAAAAUUAAUAAAAACAUCCAGCAAUACCAAUUAUUAUUCAACAUUUUGGAAAUUUCAUUCCAAUAGGUCUAUCUUUAUACAACAAGAAUGGGUGCAUACCGAUACGUCCAAGAAUUGUAUCGUAAAAAACAAAGCGAUGUUUUGAGAUACCUGCUUCGUAUUCGCUGCUGGCAGUAUCGUCAAUUGACAAGACUUCAUCGUGCUCCUCGGCCAUCCCGACCAGAUAAAGCUCGUCGUUUGGGAUAUCGCGCAAAGCAAGGUUUCCUCAUCUACCGCAUUAGCGUUCGUCGUGGAGGUCGUAAACGACCAGUACACAAAGGUUGCACUUACGGAAAACCUAAGAGCCAUGGUGUCAACGAAUUGAAGCCUUACAGAAAUUUACAAUCUGUCGCUGAGGAACGCGUUGGUAGACGCAUGGGAGGACUUCGUGUCUUGAAUUCCUAUUGGGUUGCCCAAGACGCUGCUUACAAAUACUUUGAAGUUAUUUGCAUUGAUCCUCAUCACAACGCUAUUCGUCGUGAUCCAAAGGUCAACUGGAUCUGUAAUCCAGUUCAAAAGCAUCGCGAAUUACGUGGCCUCACAUCAGCUGGAAAAAGUUCCCGUGGAUUGGGCAAAGGAUAUCGUUAUGCUCAAACUAUUGGUGGUUCACGUCGUGCAGCUUGGCGUCGCAAGAAUCGUCUUCACUUACGCAGAUAUCGUUAAUCAUAUGAUUAAAACGUGUAAGCUUUUUUUAAACUGUUGUCAACUUCAUAUUUACGGUUACUUAAAGCACACGAUGAGACAUAUUCAAUAAAAAAUGAAAUAUGAAAAAA